AUGCAUAUCUCUUCUCAGUUUCUGCUUCUUGGGGUUGCGACAGCCGUGGAUGCUACUGCUGUGAGGCCAAGAGGAACAUCCACAACUCCGGAUUAUUUCCAGACCAGCUAUGGCCCGUUUGCUGGUAUAUAUUUCCCAACUCCCACCAAUUGUGGUGACCGAGUACCUAUAAUCGGAAAGGGUGAUGGUGCUGAAUCAUUCAAACAUAUGGGCAAUCUCUCACCUUACAUGUCCAAUCCUUCUGGAUUCGGGGUUAAAGAAUAUUCACUUCCCCCUGGCACCAAUAUUACACAGAUGCAUAUGGUGCAUCGACACGGAUCUCGGUAUCCCACUUCCAGCGCCUCUGUGGCCACUCUGCCAAACCGUAUAGCGGAACUUCUCGGCAACGGGACUCGCUUCACUGGCAAUCUGGAGUUCCUCAAUACUUGGAAAUACAGACUGGGAAAAGAAGAGCUGACGGCUCUUGGGCGCCAACAGCUCUUUGACAGCGGUGUGCUUAAUUGGUUCAACUAUGGCCAACUCUAUGAUCCAUCCUCUCCACUUAUCGCCCGUACGUGCACUCAAGUGCGAAUGUUACAGUCAGCUGAAAACUUCCUGAUUGGUUUCUUCGGCCCUAAAUAUGCGGAGAAUAUCACUUUGGAAGUCAUCAUCGAAGAACCUGGAUUCAAGAAUCCCCUGGCCGGAGAUAAGGCGUGCCCCAACAACAACAACGAUCGGUCAGUCGGCGGAGAUUGGGCAAACGCCCAAUGGCAGGAAAAAUAUCUGAAGCGUGCAACGGGCCGAUUCCGUCAGUCGAUGACGGGCAACCUAGAAUGGACAACUGAGGACACUUAUCUUGCCCAAACGAUGUGUCCAUAUGAGACCGUCGGCUUAGGUUACAGCCCAUUUUGUUCCCUCUUUACCAAGGGCGAGUGGGAAGGCUUUGAGUAUACCUUUGCCCUAAAUUACUAUGGAGGAAACGGAUUUGGGUCUCCCACCGGACGGGCAGUGGGCGUGGGCUACGUCCAAGAGCUCAUCGCCCGACUGCAGCACCGCUACCCUCAACUGGACGAGGGGUUUGCUACCAUCAAUGAAACAUUGGAUACCAACCCUACAACCUUCCCUUUGAACCAGAACUUGUAUUUUGACUUCAGUCACGAUACCACCAUGUUCUCGAUGUUGACGGCCCUAGGCCUCACACAGUUUGAGGAUUUCCUACCCACCUCCGGUCCGCCAGAAGACCACCAACUGAUUGUGAGCCAUAUUGUUCCAUUCGCAGCCCGCUUUAAUAUUGAGGUGAUCAAAGCACCGCGGCCCGUACGUACGAAGCGCUCCAAUGACCCCCACGCCUCCGCAUAUGAGCACGAGGGAGGUGAGACAACCUAUGUGCAUAUGUUGAUAAACCAGAGAACAAUCUCUCUCGGACGCAGUAUCCCAGAGUGCGGGAAGCGGGAUGACGGAUGGUGCGAGCUGGAGACGUUCAUCGAGGCUCAGAAGGAAAACAUUGCAAAGGCGAAGUUUGAGGACAGUUGUUUCGGCAACUAUUCAGUUCCGGCAUACGGAGACGUCACAACGGGUGCGAUCUGA